AUGUCUUCCUCUUCCAGUAGUUUCUCCAGGCGGCUCCGGUCGUUUUUCGGCCGCGUCAUGCAGGGAUAUACGCAUGCAUUGAACACGAGGCCGUACACGACAAACACAAUCGCAGGAGGUGUGCUCGGUUUUGGUGGCGAUGUCAUUUGCCAACGAUACAUCGAAGGCCACGACACCCUUGAUCGCGACCGUAACCGAGGAUUCACGACUUUUUGUGCGUUUUACCAAGGUGGCGUCGACACAGCGAUAUACGGGGCGUACUUUUCACCUUCAUGUGGUGCUGCAAAUGAUAGAUGAGGUAUCAUCAGAUGACGCGCUGGUUCAGUAUUACGUUUUUGUGAAAUGAAUAUGGAUCAUCAUCUUCCUCAGGGCUAAGUACGUUCUCCUGCUCCUUGCUAGGUACGGUCGCCUAUUAUCGCAUCUGCCGGGUCUGCGGUUCGCUCUUGCUUGCGCAUUAGUCGACAACUUAAUUCACGUUCCGAUUGGGUACCUUCCAUGCUUUUAUCUGACGCUGGGUUGGUUCCAGAGGCAGAGUUGGGAGGAAAUCACGGAAGAAAUGCGCCGAUGCUAUAUGGAGACUUGGGCGGCCACUUGCGCGAUGUGGAUACCAUUCCAAUUUGCGAAUUUUUCUAUCGUACCGCCGCAAUACCGUGUACUCUCAGUGAACCUUGGCUGCCUUGUCUGGAACGUUAUUCUCGAUUACCUGAAUGGAGACGCAGCGGAAGAACAAAGAAACGCCAGUUCUUGCGACGGCAUAGCAACGAUCGGAAGUAGCACGAGUAACAAGGCACAAUCACAUGAUGCAGAUGAUGCAAAAUAUAGCACGCUCACAUCAUCAUCGUCCAAUAGUACCACAUGUAGUUCUUCUCUAUCAAGUUCAACAUCGAUCAACAACACAACUCUUUCGAGAGUCAUACAGGCACAUGCACAUGAAAACAUAGGCAAGAUAAAAUAA